AUGCAGCCUCUGGAUGGUAGCGUAUACCUUUAUUUAACCGUUCACAUAUUUUGCAUGCAGCCUACGCAAUAUAAAAUAUCAGCUAGUAAAGUUGUAUAUCGGAAAAAAUUUUAUGACAUUGGUAAUGUUUCAAAGACUUGUGCAUCCAAGUUUGUUGACCACCUUGAGUCAAUUGAUGUUAAAGUUUUGUCAUGCUACCCUGUAUUCAAGAGAAGAGAUGACAAAAUAAAACUUGAUGAAAACCACCCUUCUACGUCAUUCCGGUUGUGUGUAGAUGAGAAGUAUGCUGAAAUAGUUGAAAGAUCAAGUUCUUGGCCUGAUUAUGUUCAGGUUAGGAAUUGGGUUUUCAAUAACAACAGCAAAAGUGGCAGCACCAGAAAUGCCGAUGUCAAUGUCAGGACAUGUUCUGAUGUGAAACGAUGA